UCUUAGAAGAGGAACAACCAGUGGAAGAGUGAGCAGAUUUUUUCUAUUCAAGACAAACACCACUACAACAAUUACGGUGACCGGUAAAUAGAAAGCCAUCAAAGAGUAUAUUUCUUACCUGAACAUAGAUUAUGCAGAGUGAGAAACUUGUAUGUAUGUAGCCGAUACGAAUCGAUAAACCUCAAUCUGCACAUGUUUUAAACCAUGGAAGCUCAAUUGAAAAACAUGGAGAACAGAUUCGCAGGAAUCGAUGAACGGAUCAACGCACAAGAUCUGAAGCUUGAUCAGAUCAUGAUGAUCUUGAAGAAGAUGGAAACACAUUCAGGAAAGGAGAAAGAAAGCAAUACGACAUCAGUUGGGGACAGAAUCCAAUCAAAUGGCAGAUUACUCAAUUUCAACCCUAAACUGGAGUUUCCAAGGUUCGAUGGAAGCAAUACGAGGAAUUGGAUAAAAAAGGCAGGUAAAUAUUUUAAUCUCUGUAAAAUACCAGAGGAGCAGUGGGUGGAUAUAGCCAGUUUGUAUAUGAUUGACAAGGCUGAAAAUUGGAUGUCAAGCUAUCUGUCGUUUAGAAAGUUUGUGUCAUGGCAUGAGUUCAUCAUAGACUUGAGUGCAAGGUUCAGAGAUGAUAAGGGGCAUAAUGUAGUGGAGCAAUUCAAAAAACUCGAACAGAAAGGAUCAUUAGAAGAUUAUAUCGAUGAAUUUGAGGACUUAAGAUCUGUGUUGGUACAAAACAACCACUAUCUGCCUGACUCGUACAUUUUAGACUGUUUUAUUGGAGGAUUGAAGGCAAGCAUUAGGCUAUAUGUUAAAGCCUUUAAGCCUAACUGUUUAGCUCAGGCCAUUGAAUAUGCUAGGCUCAGGGAAGAGUCAUUGGAGGUGGAGCAUGCUCGAUAUACCAAGUUCCAGAAACCUCCUCCCUAUAAUUCUUCUAAGCCUCCCCUUCUGCCAACUCCGCAAACCAAGGCUGCCAAUUUCCCACCCAACAAGGGCUUCAAAUAUAUACCUGCAGAUGUAAGGGCAGAAAAGAUAGCCAAGGGGCUGUGCUAUUACUGUGAUAAGCCCUUUGAGAAGGGCCAUAAGUGCAGUUUCAGGGAACAGUUGUUUACAGUGGAGAUACCUGCAGAAGUAGAUCUCACAGAAGCCUGGGAGGAAGAAGUGGACCAACUUGAUUCCAUCAUAGCUACUGAAGGAAAUGAUGCUUGUUUAUUUGUACAAGCACUGACAGGGGGGCACAGCUAUCAGACUAUGAGGCUGAAGCCAUUUAGGGGUACCCUCCCUACUGCCGUACACAUUCCAGAGUGGUUCCAGGGGCAAGUUGUUGGCACUCAUCCUAGGCCAGCGGCAAUCAUUGACAGGAGGAUUCAGAAGGUUCAAAAUAAAGCCCAAGUACAGUAUUUGGUUCAAUGGGAAGGUUAUAGCAACCUGGAGGCUACGUGGGAACCAGCUGAAGAUUUCAAGGCCGCCUAUCCAGAUUUUCAGACUUGAGGACAAGUCUUCACAAGGGGGAAGCAAUGUUACAGCUGGUUUAUAAAUGGAGACAACUGUCAAUGACGUGGCACCCUUAGUCGUUACGUUUGUUAUCCAAGUUUGUUACGUUCGUUAUAGAUGGUUAGGGCGGUGGGUUGUAUAUAAAUACAAGGUGGAUGUACGU